AUGAUCGAAAUGGCGCGCGCCGCAUCACCAGUCUACCGAGCGCCCAUUCCAGCCAGAGGUACAGCCAACGAACCGAAUGGGAGAAUGGCAAAAAACUUGACAACGCCAUCAAGCAGCCGUGUCGUGAGCAUACUACGUUCCAGGGUGGUCUAUUUCCAGUGGCUCGCCGCCUCGGUGCGAAGUUACGUGCCAAGGCGUGCCUCCAUGUAA